AUGAAUAGGGCAUCUUUGGAUUUUCAUCAAUCCCAUACUGCCAAGGCAAAGCUCAAAUAUCAAACACUUGCGAAUGAAUUCUUGGAAUUGCAGAAGGAAUUUGUUUCAAAGAACAGGAAAUUCAAGGCUGCAAAGCGAAAAAGAGAUAAAUUUUUUGCUGAAGUCAGAUUUUUGAGGCGAAGACAUAAAAUUUUAUGUAGAAUAAAAGAUUCAAAUAAGGGGAAAGAUCUUCUCCAUUUGCAAAAUUCAGAUGAAGAAAUCAAUGCCGUUGAAGGGGAAAGAAAUCAUAGUGCCUCUGAAGCUGCAGCUGAAAAUUCAGACGCAAAUCUGGUCUCAAAUUCUCACGUGAAAAGUGAGGAGGAUGGAGGACGACACCAAGUUCUUGAGAAGGAACCUAGAUUUGGCAACGGGCCGAAGAGUGGCUUAAUUCAUGAUAAAGUAGUCGGCAAGAGGAAGAUCUCACAGCUUGAUCAGUACACUCUUCAGUUCUAA